UGACAUGUUGUGAUGUAGUUAUGGCUGAACACAACUUUCUCACCUUCAUCUACGUGAGUCUUCGUCACCAGCUCUGAUCCCUGUGCGAUGUAGCCUGACCAGCUAACGUUAGCUUAGCUUAAAGAGGACCGCUCGUGUGUUGGCUUCAUCUUUUAUUUUGUUUUUAACCUUUUUUCACCGCGGCUCGCUGCUGCUGCUGCGUUCACGGGACUUUACCAAACUAAUGUCCGCAGCCCUGCAGCUGGAGGACCAGAGGACCAGAGCCAUGACUAAUGUUGUGGGUCCGUUCACACUCGAAUGACCGACUGGUCGUGUCGCCAUGCGGGGCCGAGCGACGUCCCCGCCGCUGACAGUGACGGUCCUGGCCGCGCUGUGGGUCAGUGUGGGUCGGUGCGAUGCCUCCGGGUCCCCGGGGCCAGGGUGCGACAAUGGAAAGCUCUCAUUGGACAGGGACAUGCCUGCAGCCUCUCUCCAUUGGGACUGUCCAGUGUCCACCUGGACGAAGUCUAUUCAGAGACGUCCCAGUAUUGACACAGUGUAUGAUCCUGAGCCAGCCAGGCUGAUGUGUAUGAACAAGCCCAUCUCCUACACUCACACCAUUCCAAACAGUGGAGCGUACAGACCAGUCAGGGCAGAGAGUGGAGAGUACCUGUACUGUCCUCCUCACAGGUGGCUCAACAACUUGCAUCAUGGAGCUGCUGUUCUGCUCUACCACCCCUGUGCUCCCCUCCACGUGCGUCACUUUCUUUCCGUCCUGGCCAGCUCUUGUUUGUCAGAAUACAUCAUUACACCACAUCCACGCCUCAAUCAACACAUGCCGAUAGCUUUGGUGUCCUGGGGUCGCACUUUGGAGCUGGCUGCUGUGACCUCUUCAGACGUCUGCGAUUGGCUGGAGACCCUGACAACCACAAGAAAUGACUUGAGCGGUGUGACCCACAUCAGAAAAUAUGACCUGCUGCUAGCCUGGCCGGCGAAGCUGCAGCAGCUGCAUUAUACACAUCCAGAGGAACGUUCAACAAAAAUGAAGGACUCUGUGAGACAGUGCUGUGAGAAGACCAUCUCUUCUCUGCUAAAUGAAGCAGUGGAGGCAGAGCUGGAAUCCAGAAGGAGGAACGAAAGCUUGACAAAAAUGGAAAAGGAAGGGAAAGGCAGAAAAAUAAGAGCUGCCAUCAGAGAAACACAGCCGGCCAAUGAGAAGGGAGACGUCCAGAACAACAACACCACACUAGUAGCAUCUGAGGAUUCUCCUCCAGGGAACAGAACUGUCUCAGAUCCUCCUGGUCCAAGUGAAGCUCUUCCUCAAUCUAACAUCCAAAAUCUGAAUCAGAGCCUUACAGCCGGGCAGAUGACUCCUUCUGGGUCAAAUAUGUCUGAGGUUACAAGUGAUUCUUUAGAAUUAAAGACUUCUGAUUCUCAGAAAACGAUACAGACAGAAACACUGCAGCUCACAUCUAAACACACUGAAGCCACACACACAAAACCCUCUCAAACAGAGAUUCUUUCAGAUGUUGUGAAUAGUGAAGACAACCUCACUGCGAGGCCUGAGGCACUGGACCUCAGUCCCAGAGAUGAAGGUGAAGACUCUGCUGAACACAGCAGGAAAGAGAAUGACUCUAAAGAGAAAAAUUAUAUCGCAGCAGACGGGAAGUUGAGGGACAAUGAAGUAGUGGAAGUAAAAGAAAGGGAACUGGAGCAUAAGCAAACACACAACACUCCACACUCUCACCACAAAAGUGAAAACAACGGCUUAGAUUCUGUUUCCAAAUCCGAUCCACCCCAAUCCAAGCAGGCAGCCGUUAACCUGCCGAACAGCCACGACUGUGACAGCUGCAAGGCGGGCGAACACUGCGACUGCACUAAGGCCUCGGCAGCUGACUUCCAAGCCACCAUCAUGAGCAAGGGGUUGCCGAGGACCCCUAGGACGGACGAGGCCGUGUGGGCCGCAGCAGCACUGGGCUUCCUGUUGGUUCUCCUGACGCUGUCCGUGCUUCACAGUCGCCUGUACCGCCACUGGAGGACCACGCCUAGUCUGUACUGGCAUGAUCCCCGGCAGGACUAUGACAGCGUGGCGGACGUGAUCCAAAGGAGGUUGAGGAUUGCUAAGAGGAGGCGGAAAAGGGGCAGAAGAAAGGAGUGCGUUCUCCUGCCGAGCUCCUCCAGCUCAGAUGAACUUGCGUAGAAAAAUGAAGGAAACGUCAUCAAGAGCUCCAAGAACCCAAGUCUCAUGGAAUGUAAAAAAGGACAGAAGAGGGAGGUGUUGAAUUAUCAGAACUCUCUUGUGUCUGUGGAGCUGUCUUCUUUCCACAGGGCUGGGCUGCACGUUAUGCUGGUUAACGUUAGAGGACUCAUUUAAUUUGUUGCAUUUUGAAGCAUUAAGAUCGGUACUGUAAUUAUUUUUAUUUCUCCUUGUAAAUGGAUCCAUGAGACGGAGAAAUAAAAUCAGAAUUUGACUUUUUAAAAAGGAGCCAGACCACUGAGACACAUGGGCUCUGCACAAGACUCAGAUUUAACUCAGACUUGAUGAAGUAUAUUUAAGAAAGAUUGAAGCCAUAAAAACAUCAGAUCAGAGACUCCAAGACAAGCCCUCAGGUUUUACUCAGAUCACUUUUUAGAGAAUACUUACAGUACAUUUGUCUGAUCACAUCCUCCCAGACAGUGCUCAGUGUGUAGGGACUCAUUUUUCACACUCCAUUUUCAUCACUAACUAGUCUCCAGAUCUAUUUUUCUACCCAAUGAAGGUUUUUUUAUUGAGUCACAUUGUCUUUGUUGUGAGUAGUAUUGUAAUACAUUGUUUUUACCUGUUCAGGUCUAGUUUGUGGUAAGUUGCUGUUCUAAGCAACGUUGUGUGCAGCAGGUGUUACUGAAUGGUACGAACACGAAUCAAUGUAUAUGAAAGAUGUUUUAAGAACGAUUAACACAGACAAUAAAUCAUUGA